UUCGAUGUCGACGCCCGAGCAAACCCCAAAUCCCCACCGCUGAACAGUAUAUAUCACCCGCCCCGGCGCACCCCCGCUUCCAUCCCACCCGACCCGACCCCCGCGCGGCGGCCGCACCCGUCCCCAGACCCAAGAGCGAGCCGACCGAAGAUGUCCGACCAAACCGCCGCCGCCGCCGGAGCCGCGGGCGGCGACGCGCUGUUCUCGCGGUGCCUGCUCGCGCUCUACGUCAUCAGCCCGGUCACCGUGUUCCUGCUCCGCUUCGUCUCCGCGCCCUACGGCAAGCUCUCGCGCCCGGGGUGGGGCCCGGCCAUCCCGGCCGCGCUGGCCUGGUGCGCCAUGGAGAGCCCCACCCUCUGGCUCCCGCCCCUCGUCUCCCCCCUCCCGCUGCUGCUCGCCGCCCCGCUCGCCGCGCUCCCACCGGCGCUCUACGCGCUCCACUACGUCAACCGCACGGUCCUCCACCCGCUGCGCAUCCUGCGCCUGCGCCGCGCCGCGGCGCCCGUGCCCGUGCUCGUCGCCGCCUGCGCCUUCGGGUUCAACCUCCUCAACGCCUACGUGCAGGCCCGCUCCUGGGGGCUCCACGCCGGCCGCCCCGCCUCCGCGCUCGCGCUCGCCCGCUGCCUCGUCGGGCUCGCCCUGUUCGCGUGGGGGAUGCGGGUCAACGUCGCGGCGGACAAGGAGCUCCUGCGGCUCAAGGAGGCCGGGGGCGGGUACAAGAUCCCGCGCGGCGGCUGGUUCGACGCGGUGACCUGCCCCAACUACUUCGGCGAGAUCGUGGAGUGGCUCGGCUACUGCCUGGUGGCCUGGUCGCCGGCGGCCUGGGCCUUCUUCCUCUACACCUGCGCCAACCUCAUGCCGAGGGCCAGGGACCACCGCCAGUGGUACCUCAACAAGUUCGGCGGCGAGUACCCGGCGUCGCGCAAGGCGGUCAUCCCGUACAUCUACUAGCCUCUGCAACUUCUGUCACCUGGGAUCGAAGGGGAAAAAUGGUGUGGGUGAGGAGAACUGUAAUUCCUUUUCUUCCUUUUCCUAAUGGCUGCUUGUGAUUGAGGAUUGGCUGAUUCCCUUCCUUUGGAAAUUGAAUAUGGUUUGGAGAAAAUGAACUUUUCUGAAACCUCAA